GUGGUGUUACACAAUAGCACCAAGUUAACAAUUAACUGUGUGUCAUCAGGGAUUUUGUCCCAACACCACUUGAGGGUGUGUGGGGACUUUUGUCCCAAGCAUCCACCCCGGACUCUCACAGCCAGGCAGAGCGAGUGGAAGGAGCCACCGUCUCUUCUCAUCUGAGCCAUGUCGGCAGCCCUGGAGGAGUUCUGUGGCUCCGUCUUUUGGAACGUCUCCUUCCUCGCUCGUCCAGAUGCUGACCUGCCCGUGUGCUUCCAGCAGACUGUGCUGGUCUGGGUCCCUCUUGGUUUCUUCUGGAUUUUGGCUCCAUGGCAGCUCCUGCCCAUGUGCAAAUCCAGAGCCAAGAAAUCGUCUGUGACCAAACUCUACAUCAUGAAACAGGUGCUGGCUACCUUGCUGAUGCUGACAGCAGUGGCGGAGUUGGCCCUGGCAUUUGUAGAGGACACGGAGCAGGACCCCCUGCCAGCUGUCUGGUACACAAACCCCAGCCUGUACAUCGCCACCUGGCUCCUGGUCCUGCUGAUCCAUGAGGCACGACGCUUCUGCUUGUGCAGAGACUCGGGGAUACUUUUCUGCUUCUGGACACUGUCCCUGCUCUGUGGGAUAUUGCCACUCCAGUCGCUCCUCCGGAGAGCCCUGCAGGCACCAAUCUCUGAUGUGCCACGGUUUGUCCUUUUCUUCACCUCCUAUGGACUCCAGCUGCUGCUCUUCCUUGUCUCGGGCUUCUCAGACAUUGCCCCAGAAACAAAGGAAAUCAUGAAGAAGAACCCAGAGAUGACAGCCUCCUUCCUGAGCUCCAUCACCUUUGAAUGGUACACCAGCAUGGUUUUCAAGGGCUAUCGCAAGCCCUUGGAGAUAGAGGAUAUCUGGGAACUGAAAGGUAAAGACAAGACGCAGGCUAUUUACACUGUUUUGGAGAAGAACAUGAAGACUGCGGUGAGGAAGGCCAAAGCAGAACUGGAAAAACGGAAACGCAAGAAAAGACGUCAGGAAGGUGGCCCAGACCAUGGGAACAACAUGAGUAAGGCCCAGAGCCAAGACAUCCUGGUGCUGGAGGAGAAGCAGCCGAAGAGGAAGAAGAAGGAGGACAAAGGGGACUCUGGCCCUCGCAAGGAUUUCCCUAGGGGCUGGUUGGUGAAAACCCUGUGCAAGACCUUCUGGCAGAACCUCCUGCUGUCGGUGGUUUUCAAGUUGGUGCACGAUGGACUUGUGUUUGUCAGCCCCCAGCUGCUGAAGCUGCUGAUCGCCUUUGUGUCGGAUGAGGAGUCCUUUGCCUGGCAAGGCUAUCUGUAUGCCAUCCUGCUUUUCCUGACGGCGCUGAUCCAGUCCCUCUGCCUGCAGCAGUACUUCACCUUGUGCUUCCAGCUUGGCAUAAACGUGCGUGCCAGUCUCAUCGCUGCCAUUUACAAGAAGGCACUCACCAUGUCCAGUGCCACCCGCAAGGAAUCCACGGUGGGAGAGACUGUGAAUCUGAUGUCGGCUGAUGCUCAGAGGUUCAUGGACAUGGCCAACUUCAUUCACCAGCUGUGGUCAUCCCCCCUGCAAAUUAUCCUGUCCAUCGUCUUUCUCUGGGGAGAGCUGGGCCCCUCUGUCCUGGCUGGCAUCGCAGUCAUGGUGCUGCUCAUCCCCAUAAAUGCGUUCCUGGUCGCCAAGGCCAAAACCAUCCAGGUGAGAAACAUGAAGAACAAGGAUGAACGCAUGAAAAUAAUGAGUGAAAUCCUCAAUGGAAUCAAGAUCCUGAAGCUUUUUGCCUGGGAGCCCUCAUUUGAGAAGCGAGUCAAUGAGAUCCGGGCACUUGAGCUCAAGGACUUGUUGAACUUCAGUUACCUGCAGUCAAUCUCUAUCUUCGUGUUCACGUGUGCCCCCUUCCUGGUCUCCUUGGCCAGCUUUGCUGUCUAUGUACUGGUGGAUGAGAACAACAUCCUGGAUGCACAGAAGGCCUUUACUUCCAUCUCCCUUUUCAACGUGCUGCGCUUCCCCAUGGCCAUGCUGCCCUUGGUCCUCUCUUCCCUGGUGCAGACCAGUGUGUCAACUAAGAGGCUGGAGCGCUACUUGGGCGGAGAAGACCUGGAUACCUCAGCUAUCCACCACAACCCCAUUGCAGGCAGCGCUGUGCGUUUCUCAGAGGCCACCUUUGCCUGGGAGCAGGAUGGCAACGCUGUGAUAAGAGAUGUCACCCUGGACAUCGCGCCUGGGAGCCUGGUGGCUGUGGUGGGGACUGUGGGCUCAGGCAAAUCUUCACUGGUGUCAGCCAUGCUUGGGGAGAUGGAGAAUAUCAAGGGACACAUCAACAUCCAGGGCUCGCUGGCUUACGUCCCUCAGCAGGCCUGGAUCCAGAAUGCCACGCUGAAAGACAACAUCCUUUUUGGGUCAGAACUGGAUGAAGCCAGGUAUCAGCAGGUCAUCAAAGCCUGUGCCCUCCUUCAAGACCUGGAACUGCUGCCUGCAGGUGACCAGACAGAGAUUGGAGAGAAGGGCAUUAACCUGAGUGGGGGCCAGAAGCAGCGAGUCAGCCUGGCCCGGGCAGUGUACAGCAACGCAGACAUCUACAUCCUGGAUGACCCGUUGUCUGCCGUAGAUGCUCACGUCGGCAAGUACCUUUUCGAGCACGUGCUGGGACCAAAAGGGCUGCUGCAAAAGAAGACACGGAUCUUGGUGACACACAGUGUCAGUUUCCUGCCCCAGGUUGAUAACAUCGUGGUGCUGGUGGCAGGAGCGGUGUCUGAGCACGGCUCCUAUAGCACCCUGCUUGCAAACAGGGGGGCCUUUGCCCAGUUCCUGAACUUGUAUGGCAGCCAGGAGGAGGAUGCUUCAGAGAAAAAUACCACAGCUGUUGCCUUAGCUGGGGAUGAAGAGCAGGGUGAUGAAGACAUUGAACCUUGUGUGGAGGAGGGCCCUGAUGAUGUGGUGACCAUGACCCUGAAGCGAGAGGCCAGCAUCCAUCAGAGAGAGUUCAGUCGCAGCCUUAGUAAAAGCAGCACCAGUUCCUGGAAGAAGGCCCAGGAGGAGCCCCCCAAGAAGCUGAAGGGCCAGCAACUGAUUGAGAAAGAAGCUGUGGAAACCGGCAAGGUGAAGUUCUCCAUGUACCUGCGGUACCUGCGUGCUGUUGGCUUGUGGUAUUCUUUCUGGGUUGCCAUGGGCUAUGUUGGACAGUACGUCGCCUUCGUGGGGACCAACCUGUGGCUCAGUGCCUGGACUAACGAUGCACAGCACUACCUGAACCAGACCUAUCCUGUGGAGCAGCGAGACCUGCGGAUCGGUGUCUUUGGGGCGCUGGGGGUGUCACAAGCUCUCUUCCUGCUCUUUGCAACCAUCCUGUCUGCUCAGGGCGCCAUGCGGGCCUCCCGGCUUAUGCAUCAGCAACUGCUCAGCAACAUCCUGCGUGCGCCCAUGAGCUUUUUUGACACGACUCCAACUGGUCGCAUUGUGAAUCGGUUUGCCAAGGACAUCUUCACGAUAGAUGAGACCAUUCCCAUGUCCUUCCGCAGCUGGCUCUCCUGUUUCAUGGCCAUCAUUAGCACAUUGCUCAUGAUCACCCUGGCCACCCCAUUCUUUGCUCUUGUUAUCAUUCCCUUGAGCGCCUUCUACUAUUUUGUGCUGCGCUUCUAUAUCUCCACAUCACGCCAGCUACGGCGUCUGGACUCUGUAACUAGAUCACCCAUCUACUCCCACUUUGGGGAGACAGUGUCUGGCCUUUCCGUGAUCCGAGCCUAUGGACACCAAGAACGGUUCCUGCAGCAAAAUGAGAGCACCAUGGACAUCAAUCAGAAAAGUGUUUACUCAUGGAUAAUUUCAAAUAGGUGGCUGGCCAUCCGACUGGAGUUCGUUGGAAGCCUGGUGGUCUUCUUCUCUGCACUUCUAGCUGUGAUUUCAAAGGGCACUUUGGACGGUGGCAUCGUGGGUCUUUCUGUCUCCUCUGCCCUCAACGUGACCCAGACAUUGAACUGGCUGGUGCGGACGUCUUCGGAGCUGGAGACGAACAUUGUGGCUGUGGAGCGGGUACACGAGUACACGAAGGUGAAGAACGAGGCUCCAUGGGUGACAAAAAAGCGUCCACCCCGCGGCUGGCCCAGCAAAGGUGAGAUCCAGUUUGUCGACUACAAAGUUCGUUACCGACCUGAACUGGAGCUGGUUCUUCAGGGGAUCACCUGCAAUAUUGGGAGCACUGAGAAGGUUGGGGUUGUGGGCCGGACCGGAGCUGGAAAAUCCUCCCUCACCAACUGCCUCUUCCGGGUGCUGGAGGCUGCUGGAGGGACGAUCAUCAUCGACGAGGUAGAUAUAGCGACAAUUGGCCUCCAUGACCUGCGCCAGAACCUCACCAUCAUCCCCCAGGACCCUGUGCUCUUUACUGGCACCCUGCGGAUGAACCUGGACCCCUUUGACCAGUACACAGAUGAGGAGGUCUGGAAGGCCCUCGAGCUGGCCCACCUGAAGACAUACGUGCAAGACCUUCCUGAGGGGCUGCUGCAUCUUGUGAGCGAGGGAGGGGAGAACCUGAGUGUUGGGCAGAGGCAGCUGGUGUGCCUGGCCCGGGCCCUUCUCCGCAAAGCCAAGAUCCUCAUCCUGGACGAAGCGACAGCAGCUGUAGAUCUGGAAACUGACCAUUUAAUCCAGACAACGAUCCGGAGCGAGUUUGUUGACUGCACUGUCCUUACUAUCGCCCACCGCCUCCACACCAUCAUGGACAGCAACAGGGUGAUGGUGCUGCAGGCCGGGAGGAUUGUGGAGUACGACAGCCCCGAGGAGCUGCUCAAGAAGGAGGGCGUCUUCUCUGCCAUGGCAAAGGACGCUGGCAUCACGAAUAUAGAAACCACCGUGCUGUAGGUGCAGUGGAGCAGCGUGCGGGUGCGUGUGCGGGCAGCUCCCUCCCGUUGCCACUCACCAAGCAGCCACUGGCGUCUCCCUGCAGCUGGGCUGCCCAGGAAUUUCUCUCUGCAGCUGAGAAGCGGAGAGGGUGGCUUCUCUGGCUGUCAGGGACAGAGGAUCUGGACUUGAGCAAGCUGUUAACCUUGUUCCCUCAUCCUGCCUGCUGUAUGCACAAGCAGCUGGAGCUGCAUAAUUUAUUCCAGUAUAGAGGGGAAAAGUUAUCUGCCAGGCAGGGAGACAUGGGGGGCUUAGUUUUUGUACUUCACCAUUGCCAGGGGAACCUAGCUGAGAGAUGCUUUAGCACUAUGCAAUGAAAUUUACAUUUAAUCUAAGAGUGAAUGUUAUAAUUUAUUUACUUUUUAUAGCUGUUUGUAGUCUUCCAACUAAAAGUCUGACUUUAAGGCAUGCUAAAUAAGCCUCGGUUUAGCUUUAAACCUGGCUAGUGUUUGGGGGAAGCUGGUAACACAGGUUAUACAGACACACGUGGGUGGAAAGUGCAAAUUGAGUGGCACAGCUAUAUUCCGGCAUGAACACUACUCUCUGGCAGUGGUGGUGGUGAAGCCAGGUCCUGCUUGCCUUCCCUGUGGCUACAGCUCACUUUGUAGCGCAAAGAAAUGAGGCAGUCCCUGGGGCUAUAACCGCUAGUGGGGCAGAUUUUGGGCUGUGGCUCAACUACAAACCUGACUGUGGUGGAGACAAGCUGGAGAGGUGCAAGCACGCGUGCAUGCUGCACUGACAUGCACACACAUAAAAUAUAGUGGUUACUGUUGACAAACUCUUGCCCCUUCUUUGAAGUUGUGCAUGAAAGCCAGGAGCUGUAGCACUGACCUGGGGUG